UAGCCGCCACAGGCUUUCACUCGGUGGCUCCCGGCUGGAUUUGGUCUGGACCCAGCACUAGCAUUCCUUGACGGGCUCUGCACGUGGGCACGGCGUGGGCUCCGGCGACCCUGCAUCCACCGGCAUGUUCGAGGAGCCCGAAUGGGUCGAGGCGGCCCCAGCAGCCCUGGGCCUCCGUCCCGCGACAACACAGACGCGGCCAGUGACUGCCCCACCAGUCAAGGGCCGCAAGCGCCGCCAUCUCUUGGCCACAUUACGGGCCCUGGAAGCAGCAUCUCUUUCCCAGAAGUGCCCCAGUCCACCUGGCAGUGAUUCUGAGGAGGAGGUAGGAAGGAAGAACAAAUACCUCCAAAAGCCCUCACUUGCCAAUGCCUCGAAGGAAGCAGGGGAGAAAAGAAAAAGGAAAUGUCAAAAACAGUCGCCAUCUAUCAGUGACUCUGAGAGCAAGGAAGUAGAAAGGAAAUGCUGCAGACAAAUUCUCGGCGGAAUCUCUGCUGAAAAAGAAAAAGAAAAGAGGAAAUGCCAGAAAUAUUCUCAUUCACACUCAUCCCAGCACCUGGACAGUGUUGAUCAAACAGUUCACAGUUCAAGGACAAGUACUGCUACAGUUGACCCACCCAAGCCAAGCCCUGAGUCCACAUCCUGUAACUCCUCGCAUACCCUGAGCCGCAAACAGUGGCGGAACCGGCAGAAGAAUAAGCGGAGACACAAAAACAAAUUUCGGCCUCUUCAGACACCAGACCAGGUUCCUCCCAAGGCCUCCGCAGAGGAGACUGAGGUGCCUCCUGCCCCACAGUCAGACAGUCAACAGACUAGAGCUGGAGCCCUACGAGCACGCAUGACACAACGGCUAGACGGGGCCCGAUUUCGGUACCUUAACGAACAGUUGUACUCAGGGCCCAGCAGUGCUGCCCAACGCCUCUUCCAGGAAGACCCUGAAGCUUUUCUCCUCUAUCACCGUGGCUUUCAGAAACAAGUGAAGAAAUGGCCACUGCACCCAGUGGACCGUAUUGCCAAAGAUCUCCGCCAGAAGCCUGCAUCCUUGGUGGUAGCUGACUUUGGCUGCGGAGAUUGCCGCCUAGCUUCAAGUGUUCGGAACCCUGUGCACUGUUUUGACUUGGCCUCUCUGGACCCCAGGGUCACUGUAUGUGACAUGGCCCAAGUGCCUCUGGACAAUGAAUCUGUGGAUGUGGCUGUGUUUUGCCUUUCACUAAUGGGAACUAACAUCAGGGACUUCCUUGAGGAGGCAAAUCGAGUGCUGAAGCCAGGGGGUCUGCUCAAAGUAGCUGAAGUCAGCAGCCGCUUUGAGGAUAUUCGGACGUUUUUGGGGGCUGUGACCAAACUUGGCUUUAAGGUCAUCUACAAGGACCUGACCAACAGCCAUUUCUUCUUGUUUGACUUUGAAAAGACUGGGCCUCCUAGAGUAGGACCCAAAGCCCAACUUUCAGGCCUGAAACUUCAGCCCUGUCUCUACAAGCGCAGGUAACCAAUGGACACCUGUUAAAAGGGGAAGGCUCAGACUCCAAACUCAGAACUCUGAAGACUGUACCUACCCAAGCUUUGAGCCAGGACCUGGUGCCACACUCCUUCUCUACCAAGAACACUGGUAAAGCCUUCAGCUCAGCUCUGCUCUAAUGGAGCCUUCUCAGCUACAAAAAGCAUGAAGUAACUUGGGCAGGCUCAAGAAUGAGGAGUUUAUUGUGAGGGCAUUGGUAUAUUCUGGGAAUUGUGGGUCACUUCAGGUAUCAUUCAAACUAGUUGGCUUGGAAGUGAUAGAUCUCUGGGUUUGGUUUCUCUUCAUCUUUCAGAAGGUGCCUGGGCACUCCACUGUGCCGUCUUCUGACUGUAUUGUGUAGCCUCUGCUCAUCCAUAGUUUCUGCUCCUUCAACUUCAAGACUACAGAUAGCUUUUGCCUCAUGGCAGGCCCUAAUGCUAGUGCCUACUGGGGCUGGGAGUUAUUUCUUUCUCUUUUGGAGCUGAGAAUCAUUUCAUUUCUUUCUUUCUGUUGUUGUUUUGAGACGGCAUCUCACACUAGUCCAGGCUGACCUCAAAUGGUAAUUCUCCUGCCUUAGCCUCCUGAUUAUUGAGAUUACAGGCAUGAGCCACUAUACCCAGCUUAAUUAAUUAAUUUCUGAAUAUUCCAUUUCUCAUUUGAAAAAUGUAAAAUUCUUGUGUUCCAGCAUGUUGUAUGGGUUAACUCAGGAAAGCUGCAGCAAGAGGUGGGAACAUAAAGAGCUGGCGCCGAAUAAAUCAGCUUUGGAUGUUAUGUGUCGAUCUUACUGUUCUUUAACGAUCACCCCUAAGAUGGCUUGGAGGUUGAAGAGUAAAUAAUUUAGUUGUGACUGAGAAAGAUUAGGAGAGUUUGGUAUAGGCACGUAAACAGGCUUAUUUGAGAUUUAGAGGCUUAAUGCAUUUCAAGCUUUCAUCUGUUCAUAAGCAACAACUGAUUGGGCUGCUCAUUGGCAGGAUCUGGCCAUGGUACCUACCUUGCAUGUCAGAGGAAAGCUACAGGCAGGAACUUAAAGUACUCAAGUUCCUGAACCAGUGCUGGGAAAAUGAGCUGGGAUGGCAUGCUGUAUAAAGAUACAGCCUCUUCUACCCAUUCACAAAAAUAAGACCUCAUGGUUCCCUCUAGGAGCAAAUAGGUCUCAGGAUUCUGAUUUAAUUAGAUGCUCCCAGGCCUAAAGAAAGAAGACACAGGCCAAAAGGCAUGUUUGGAGGUUGGACUGUGAGGCCGACCUUAGCAGACACUAUACAAUAUCUUU